CUCCGGCUCCUCUUGCCGUCCGCAACCUCCGCUGCCGCCGUUGCACUACCUAUUCGCUGGCUGCUCAGGUGGCUGUCGCUUCGAUGUCCUAAUCCAGGGGCCCCCGGGCCAGACUCGACUGGGCUCCCUUCACCCUCCCUUCACCAUGAAGGCGACUCUGCAGGUGCUGGGCUUCCUUCUCAGCCUGGCCCGGGGUUCCGAGAUGGGCAACUCUCAGGCAGUGUGUCCCGGGACGCUGAAUGGCCUGAGUGUGACGGGUGAUGCGGAGAAUCAGUACCAGACGUUGUACAAGCUCUACGACCGGUGUGAAGUGGUGAUGGGCAACCUGGAGAUUGUGCUCACGGGGCACAACGCUGACCUCUCCUUCCUGCAGUGGAUCCGAGAAGUGACAGGCUAUGUCCUUGUGGCAAUGAACGAAUUCUCUACACUACCCUUGCCUAACCUCCGAGUGGUCCGGGGAACCCAGGUGUACGACGGGAAGUUUGCCAUCUUUGUCAUGUUGAAUUACAACACCAACUCCAGCCAUGCCCUGCGCCAGCUCCGCUUCACUCAGCUAACUGAGAUUCUGUCAGGGGGCGUUUAUAUUGAGAAGAAUGACAAACUUUGCCAUAUGGAUACAAUUGAUUGGAGCGACAUCGUGAGGGUCCGGGGGGCCGACAUCGUGGUGAAGAACAACGGGAAAAACUGUCCACCCUGUCAUGAGGUCUGCAAGGGGCGAUGCUGGGGGCCUGGACCAGAAGAUUGCCAGAUAUUGACCAAGACCAUCUGUGCCCCUCAGUGUAACGGUCAUUGCUUUGGGCCCAACCCCAACCAGUGCUGCCAUGACGAGUGUGCAGGGGGCUGCUCUGGACCCCAGGACACGGAUUGCUUUGCCUGCCGACACUUCAAUGACAGUGGGGCCUGCGUACCUCGCUGUCCACAACCUCUUGUGUACAACAAGCUAACGUUCCAGCUUGAGCCCAACCCCCACACCAAGUAUCAGUAUGGAGGGGUCUGCGUUGCCAACUGUCCCCAUAACUUUGUGGUUGAUCAGACAUCUUGUGUCAGAGCCUGCCCUCCUGACAAGAUGGAAGUAGAUAAAAAUGGACUCAAGAUGUGUGAGCCUUGUGGAGGGUUGUGCCCAAAAGCCUGUGAGGGGACAGGCUCUGGAAGCCGCUACCAGACUGUGGACUCCAGCAACAUCGAUGGGUUUGUGAACUGCACCAAGAUCCUGGGCAACCUGGACUUCCUUAUCACUGGCCUCAACGGAGACCCCUGGCACAAGAUCCCUGCUCUGGACCCGGAGAAGCUCAAUGUUUUCCGGACAGUACGGGAGAUCACAGGGUACCUGAACAUCCAGUCCUGGCCCCCACACAUGCAGAAUUUCAGUGUUUUCUCCAACCUGACAACCAUCGGGGGCAGAAGCCUCUACAACCGGGGCUUCUCCUUGCUGAUCAUGAAGAACUUGAACGUCACCUCGCUGGGCCUCCGGUCUCUGAAGGAAAUCAGUGCUGGGCGUGUCUACAUCAGUGCCAACCAGCAGCUCUGCUACCACCACUCUCUGAACUGGACAAGACUGCUUCGCGGCCCUCCAGAAGACAGACUUGACAUCAAGUAUAACCGGCCUCGAAGAGACUGUGUGGCAGAGGGUAAAGUGUGUGACCCGCUCUGCUCCUCUGGGGGAUGCUGGGGCCCAGGCCCUGCUCAGUGCCUGUCUUGUCGAAACUACAGCCGAGAAGGCGUCUGUGUGACUCACUGCCACUUUCUGGAAGGGGAACCUCGUGAGUUUGCUCAGGAGGGUGAAUGUUUCUCCUGCCACCCCGAAUGCCUACCCAUGGAGGGCACCAGCACAUGCAAUGGCUCGGGCUCUGACGCCUGUGCUCGAUGUACCCAUUUCCGUGACGGCCCCCACUGUGUGAACAGCUGCCCCAACGGAAUCCUGGGUGCCAAGGGUCCAAUCUACAAGUAUCCAGACGCUCAGAAUGAAUGUCGGCCCUGCCACGAGAACUGCACCCAGGGGUGUAAGGGACCAGAACUACAGGACUGUUUAGGCCAAACAGAGGUAUUAAUGAGUAAAACCCAUUUGGCCAUGGCUGGGAUGGUCGGACUGCCUGUGGCUCUUCUGAUUCUGGGAGGCUCUUUUCUCUAUUGGCGUGGACGCAGGAUUCAGAAUAAGAGGGCUAUGAGGCGCUACCUGGAACGGGGUGAGAGCAUCGAGCCUCUGGACCCCAGCGAGAAGGCAAACAAAGUCUUGGCCAGAAUCUUCAAAGAGCCAGAGCUGAGGAAGCUUAAAGUGCUGGGUUCUGGUGUCUUUGGAACCGUACACAAGGGGAUUUGGAUCCCUGAGGGUGAAUCCAUCAAAAUUCCAGUCUGCAUUAAAGUCAUUGAGGACAAGAGUGGGCGGCAAAGUUUCCAGUCCGUGACUGACCAUAUGCUGGCCAUCGGUAGCCUAGACCACGCCCACAUUGUGCGGCUCCUGGGACUGUGCCCAGGAUCAUCUCUGCAGCUUGUCACUCAGUACUUGCCUCUGGGCUCCCUCCUUGACUAUGUGAGACAGCACCGCGCAGCCCUGGGACCACAGCUGCUGCUCAACUGGGGAGUACAAAUUGCCAAGGGUAUGUAUUACCUUGAGGAACACAGCAUGGUGCACAGGGACCUGGCGCUCCGCAACGUGCUGCUCAAGUCACCUAGUCAGGUGCAGGUGGCCGACUUCGGUGUGGCUGACCUGCUGCCGCCAGAAGACAAGCAGUUACUACACAGUGAGGCCAAGACUCCUAUUAAGUGGAUGGCCCUCGAGUGUAUCCACUUUGGGAAAUACACACACCAGAGUGAUGUCUGGAGUUAUGGUGUCACCAUCUGGGAGUUGAUGACUUUUGGGGCAGAGCCCUAUGCGGGGCUGAGACUGGCUGAGAUACCAGACCUGCUGGAGAAGGGCGAGCGGCUGGCACAGCCUCAGAUCUGCACCAUUGACGUCUACAUGGUCAUGGUCAAGUGUUGGAUGAUUGAUGAGAAUAUUCGCCCCACCUUUAAAGAGCUAGCCAAUGAGUUCACCAGGAUGGCCCGUGACCCACCGCGAUAUCUGGUGAUAAAGAGAGAGAGUGGGCCUGGAAUACCUCCUGGGGCAGAGCCCUCUGCUCUCACAAACAAAGAGCUGGAGGAAGUAGAGCUGGAGCCUGAACUGGACCUCGACCUAGACCUGGAGGCAGAGGAGGACAGCCUGGCCACCACACUGGGUUCUGCCCUCAGCUUACCAGUGGGAACACUUACCCGGCCACGUGGGAGCCAGAGUCUUUUAAGCCCCUCGUCUGGAUACAUGCCCAUGAACCAGAAUAAUCUCGGGGAGGCUUGUCUGGAUUCUGCAGUUUUGGGGGGUAGUGAACAGUGCCCUCGUCCCAUCUCUCUGCACCCAAUCCCACGGGGACGUCUGGCAUCAGAGUCAUCAGAGGGCCAUGUGACAGGCUCUGAGGCUGAACUCCAGGAGAAAGUAUUGAUGUGUAGAAGCCGGAGCCGAAGUCGGAGCCCUCGGCCACGUGGAGACAGUGCCUACCAUUCCCAGCGACACAGCCUGCUGACCCCUGUCACCCCGCUGUCCCCACCAGGGUUAGAGGAAGAGGAUGUCAAUGGCUAUGUCAUGCCAGAUACACACCUCAAAGGUACAUCCUCCUCCCGGGAAGGUACACUUUCUUCAGUAGGUCUCAGUUCUGUGCUGGGUACUGAAGAGGAAGAGGAAGAUGAGGAGUAUGAGUACAUGAACCGGAAGAGAAGGAACAGUCCACCGCGGCCCCCUAGGCCCGGUUCCCUUGAGGAGCUGGGUUACGAGUACAUGGAUGUGGGCUCAGAGCUCAGUGCCUCUCUGGGCAGUACGCAGAGUUGCCCACUGCAUCCUAUGGCCAUCGUGCCAUCCGCUGGUACAACUCCAGAUGAGGACUAUGAGUAUAUGAACCGCAGGCGUGGUGUAGGUGGUGCCGGGGGCGAUUACGCCGCCAUGGGGGCCUGCCCAGCAGCAGAACAAGGGUAUGAAGAGAUGCGAGCCUUCCAGGGGCCUGGACAUCAUGCCCCCCAUGUUCGUUAUGCCCGCCUCAAAACUCUGCGCAGCUUAGAAGCCACUGACUCUGCCUUUGACAACCCUGACUACUGGCACAGCAGGCUUUUCCCCAAGGCUAAUGCCCAAAGAACUUAACCUCUGCUCCUUGAGACUCUUGGGGAGCAUUUGAUGGCAGCUAGUGCCUCUUGAGGGUACCUCUCUCUCACCCUCUCCCUCAGGUCCCACUCCCAUUUCUCCAGCCCUAGACAAUGCCGUCCAGUCUUUGGAGACUUGUACACAUAUCCUUACGCAAUUUUUGUGGUACGUAGCCAGUUGUGCACUUUCUCCUCUUCCCCAGCCCCAGGAGAAGAGAAGGUUUUCCUGUUUGUCCACUUUCCCAAUCCCGUUCCUCAUCUUCCUCAGGGAGACUCCUGGAGAUAUGAAGGGUUACUCUCUAAGCCCCUUUCUCUCCGGCUCUUACUUGGUAGGGUUAGACGGCCUUGUUUCUCAUAAGACUGUCCUAAGGAAGAGAAGAGGACACAGAGCUGGAAGAGGAAAGGAAAUUUUUGGCUCCUGAGAGCAAAUCCCAUGGAAAGAUUGAGAAACUUAAAGCUUUAUGGACUAAAGUUGGGAGUAGAUAGCAGUGACUAUGAAUGAGCACUCACUACUGUGAGCCAGGCACCAUCAAGGUGAACUCUGCCUGCAUUAGUUCAGCCACAUCUCUACAAUCUUGUGAGGUAGAGUUGAUCCCAUUUUACCAAUACAGGAGUCCCCUGAGUGUUCCAAGAUAGCCAGCAGGUUCCUCAGUCUGUGAAUAGUACUGAAUCCUGUAGUUGGGUUUGGUUUGGUUUUUGGUUUUUGGAGACAGUUUCUCUGUUCUCCUUGUUGUCCUGGAACUCAAUCUGCGGACCAGGCUGGCCUCUGCCUCCUGAGUGCUGAGGUUAAAGGCGUGCACCACCACUACCUGGCCUAUAGUUUUUUUAAACCAUGUUUUAGUUGUUGUACAAAACUGAAUGCUACAGUUUAGCGCCUUUUCCAUCUUACCUAAGACGUCAUCAUGCAUUAUGGCCGUAUGUUUUUAGUUUGAGGUGCCACAGCGAAAUUAGUACUACUACUUUGUCUAUUUCCAUAAUUUCAUGGAUUUUAUUAUAGAUAAUACCAUGUGAUUCUCCCCCCAUAUGAAGUCAAGAGCUUUCACCUUUUCUCAAACAAAAACCACUUCCCUUUGGCAUGUCUGAAUGCCAGCAUCGCUACUCUUGCAUUCUGAACCCGUUUGUAGGUAAAAUAAGGAUAUUUGAACACAAGUACUAUGAUACCACUGCCAGUCAGUCUGACAGCAGGUGGGUUAUGAGGUGACUUAUGGACUAUUAGCCAAUAACUAAGGUUACUGGUAUGGAUGUGCUAGGUAAAGAUGACUCAGAAUUGUGUGCAAUCUAAACUUUAGGGACUAUUUAUUUCAGGAAUUUGUCAUCCGACAUUUUCAGAUUGUAGUUGAUCAUAGGCUACUAAAACUAUGGACAGCAAAACCUCAGAUAAUGGGGGACUGAGCCUUGAAGAAAUUAAGCAGCCAGUCCAGGAUUCAAACUCUUCCCAAUUCCAAUACCUGUACUUUUAUUAUAAGGUGUCAAGGAGUACCUAUGUCAAGUCCUUGUAAGGGGCACGUGCGUGCUUGAUGUGUGUGUGUGUGUGUGUGUGUGUGUGAGAGAGAGAGAGAGAGAGAGAGAGAGAGAGAGAGAGAGAGAAAGAGAAACAGGAUCUCACUCUGUAGACUGGCCCGGAACUACGUAGCCCAGGAUGGCUUUGAACUCAGCUCUCAGCAAUCCUGUCUCAGCCUUCCAAAGGCUGUGACUACACGUGUGAACCAGACUCCUUUUCUUGUUUAUGCACUGAAUCAAGCAAAUGCCAACGGCUACAUUUUCCUCCAGUACCCAGGCUUCUCAUCUCAGGAAGAAGUGAAGACAACGCAGGACAACAAACUGGACAUUUUUUGUGCAAGCCAUAGCCCACAUAUGUUGUAGAUAAUAUACACUCCUUACAAGACAAUUCACAAAGGUUCUGAGACUCAAAUUUAACCAGUAGUGAGAAAUUUCUGGUGGGAUAGAAAGAGGAUCCAUUGUCAGACCUCAGUCUUCCUGGAUGGGAACUGGGGAAAAAUGUCUUCCUGUACCAUUAAAGUUUUUUGUUUUGUUUUUAUACGUGUCUGAAUAAAAAAUUGCCAAAGUU